GUGAGGAGGAGGAAGAGGAAGACACAGAAAUCAGUGCUGCUCCCAACAGCACAUCAAGGCAGGCCCCAGGAACCCAGGAUCCAGGGGGCCUGCAGGGCUUGUCUGCUAGGAGGCCAGGAGGGCAGCUGGAGCUGAGGGCCUGAGGUCGACGUGGUGUCCAGAAGCACAGCUAAGCGGGAACAGGGAGGGGCAUGGCGCACAGUGAAGGGGCUACUGGAGCCCCAGCCCGCACCGUGGUGUCCCAGGAGCUGCUGGAGGAGAUGCUUUGGUUUUUUCGUGUAGAAGAUGCAUCUCCUUGGAAUUUUUCCAUCCUUGCCCUGGUGGCCGUGGUGGUUGUGAUAAGCAUGGUCCUCUUGGGAAGGAGUAUCCAGGCAAACAGAAAUCAAGAGAUGCAGCCAACAGAAGAAGAAACUCCAGAAGUCCUGUAUUUGGAUGACGCCGGAAUCAAGGAUCACAAUAGCCUGAACAACCUAAGCAAGCCUUUGCUCUCAGAAAAGCCAAACAUGGCUACGGUGGAAAAUGAGUUAAAACAGAGUGAUGUCGCAUUGGUUCUCCUCCCAUACUCACCAGAAGCUGAGAGCUAGGGAGAGUUCAGAGCACGCACACCCUAGCCCAGGCACAUGAUCUGAGCUCAGCUCCAUGGCCUGAAAUCUCUCAGGUUUUACAGUC